GGUGAUGUUACGAGAGGUUUAGGGUACAACCCAUCUUAUCAGCCCCACCUUCGUCCACCGGUACCUAUCGCGGGGUAGCCAGCUGCCGCGAUCGUGAUGCGUGCUUGACAUCCUCAUUAUCCACGCUUGGUCUUCUUUGAAUGAGCUCAGAGUCAACAAUUGUUGUUUUGGUGAGAUCAACGCAGCUUCUGUAUCCCCGCAACCACGUCAAUGGCGCCUCUUGCAGUCACACCACCACUCUUGAAUUCCGCAAAUCCAUGGUGCACUACGCUCGAACAACUCCAAGAGUUGUAUGACUGUGCUUACACCGGCGCUAUCACUACGCGGACAUCUCUGCUGAACGGCUUUCCAAAUGACCCCGCGGUCCACCAGUUCGCUUUCUAUGAUCCCACUCGCCAUACUGCAUCUUCUCCAAAUGUCGACCAAGGAGGAAACCCGAACGAGACAGGGAGCCUGAAUACACUGGGCUAUAGUCCGAUACUUCUGGAAGAGUACCUAGGUUUCAUCAAAACCAUAAGCCAAGGUCUCCCACCACACCCAGCAGGAGGAAAAGAACACUUUAAACCUGUCAUCAUCUCUGUGACAGGUUCUGCGGAGGAUGUAGUUGCCUGUUACAAGCUCAUCACGUCGUAUCAACGCGACGUGCGGAUGGUACUCGCGAUGGAGAUUAACCUCUCGUGUCCAAACAUUCCAGGGAAACCUCCACCAGCCUACGAUGCCUCUUCUCUGUCGACGUACCUUGAUGCACUAAAGGUUGAGAUCGAUCGACAGAUAUCAGAAGAUGGCACAUCAGCCCAUCCGCAUACAGGCCACACUCAUGUCCCGAUUGGUAUCAAGACGCCUCCGUAUACUUACCAGGACCAGUACAAUGGCUUGAUCAAAGCGUUGAAGGACUCUGCCUUGGCACAGCCGGCGCACCUGCCUUGUCCCAUCACGUUCAUCACUUCCUGCAAUACGCUCGGAUCCUCGCUUCUCUUGGCGCCUCAACUCGAGAGCUCCUCAGAUGGACAUUCGCAUGAAGUAUAUCACCGCACACUGGAGUCGGCGACAGGAACGGGUAUCGGAGGGCUCGCGGGUGCCCCACUACAUCCGCUUGCGUUGGGGAAUGUGUAUACCAUCAAAGGAUUACUUUUCCAGCACAAAGAACUCGAGCAUAUCCAGAUCAUUGGGGUAGGCGGUGUGGAUGAUGCAGCUGGCUACAGGAGGAUGCGAGCGGUUGGUGCCGCUGCCGUUGGUGUGGGUACUGCACUGGGCAGACAUGGUGUUAAGAUCUUCGGUGAGAUCGAGAAAGGGGUCUCCACCAAAUAGUGGACACAUGGAAGAGGAAAGUAUUGUACCUAUUGUACGUUUGAUUCGAAACUAUCGCGGUGAUAAGGCUGCAGUUGCUCGGUCAGAGUCGGGGAAUAGACCAAACCGCUUUGAAACGACCGAGAUGUCAUGACGCGUUGAUGAAGUCUUAUGCACCCAACAAAAUGCCUCUCAACCUGUAAAAGGAGACGUGAGGCCAGUCGAAAGAACCGCACUCCAGCAGCCGUUCAGAUGGCUACCAUCCGGCGUUGGGAGGG